CUGAUGUCAAGCUGCCAGAGGGCACAAAAUCAUUAAGUAAAAAACUACAACUUGUGGACUUAGUUAAAGUUCUCCAAGAACAACUUAUUGAAGAGAAACGCAAGAUGCAGACUCUGGAAAUAAAGAUACGAGAAGAAGUUUGCAAGGAAAUGGCUGAACAGCUUGUUUCCAUCGAGGAAGCCUACAGUCAACGUGUUAAAAUGGAGGUAAACGCUGUAGAGGAAAAGUGUGAUCGCAGGAUCGAACUGCUCACGCAGUCGGUCAAGAAGUCUAGAAAAAGGGCCCGGAUCGAAAGAGCAGAAGAAGACGAUGAGGAAUGGGUGCCAAGUGUGUUUUUACAUGCAGAGCAGACUAAAGUGCGGGAGCAACAACGACUCGUAGGUGGACUGAAUGCACAGAUUGCUGAGUUGCGCCACGAAAUCAAACAACUAAAAGAAAACAAACAAGAACAGGCAGCGACCUCAGAGGCAGUUUUGGAACUGCAGGCUCAUUUGAAUCACGCUAACGAGGAAGCCGCAGAACUUAAACAGAUGCUUGAAGAGGCUGGCGAAGCAUUCUCGGAGAAAGAAGCCGAGAUAAGUAAACUGAAAGCAGCACUUGAUGAACAGGAAGCUUGCAUUAAAAAACAGGACGCAACCCUACAACAUCUCACGAAUGAGUUUGAGAAAGGGAACGCAGCGCCUAUAAAGACGGAAAAUUCCUCUGACCUUUUGGGGACGCAAGGUGCCCUGAACGCUGCCUUGGCCAAACUUACAGACACAGAGCAUCAGUUAGAGACAAAAAACACAAUGAUGAAAGAAUUGGUUAUGACAUUGGAGGAGACAAGAGAAGAAUUAGCCCGUGAGAGGAGUUAUGUAGCUCAAGCAUUUGACAACGAUGAAGAACUAAUAAGAAUAAAAGACGAGCUUCAGAAAGGAGAGCAACGCUGUAAAGAGCUGGAGAAGGAGAUCUCGUCACUAAAUCAGGUUAUUGAGGAUUCACAAGCAAAGAGAAACGCCCUGGCCAAGGAGACAGACAACGUUAUUUCUGAAAAGGCCACCAAGAUGGCUGCUUUGACGAAGAAACUUGAGGCAGCUACUCAAGAGAUUCGUGAUGCCAAAGCUGAAGUGGAAACUAUCAAAGGCGAGUGCAAAGAAAAAGAAUCUCGACUUGAAUUGAUGAAGAAGGAGUUUGGCAAAACGGUGACAGAAUUGGAUAACGCUAAGAAAGAUAUUUGUGAUAAAAUGGCUGCAUUGGACGACGUAAGGAAACAAGUUACAGAAAAGGAGACGGAACUGAAGAACAUUCAAGAGGAGAAUUUAAAGACGAUAGCGGAAUUGAAGAGUGGCAAGAAAGCUCUUGAAGAAGAGAUCGCAGUUUUGUCCAAGAAAGAAUGCGAACUUUAUCAGGCAGAGCGUUUUGUAGACUUGAACAAAGAAAAUGCUCAAGACAAGGUAGGAGUAGAAACAGAAAUCUGGGAGAAAGAUGCAGAAUUGCAGAGUGUCAAGAAUGAGAGCAGGAGAAGGAUAAAUGAGCUGGAAACCGAGUUGGCAGAGUGUAAAAAAGGAAUAUGCAAGAAAGGACAAAGAUGUGAUUGCCCACCUGAAAAAAGUUUUAGAAGAGCAAGAUAUAAUAUUAGCUGA